CCAAACACCCGCCCUGUUGGUUGCACAAAAUCAUCCAAUCCCUCUCGCGCUUUUUCAUGUGGUUUCUCUGAGAAACCGAUCCGAGAUCGAUCGAUCGCCACGUACGAUGAGAGGCGCCGUGUUGGUGGCCGUGGCGGCCGCCAUCGGCAACUACCUGCAGGGAUGGGACAACGCCACCAUCGCCGGCGCCGUGCUGUACAUCAAGCGGGAGUUCGCCCUCGAGACCCAGCCCGCCGUGGAGGGCCUCGUCGUCGCCAUGUCCCUCAUCGGCGCCACCAUCAUCACCACCUUCUCCGGCCCCGUCUCCGACCUCGUCGGCCGCCGCCCCAUGCUCAUCGCCUCCUCCCUCCUCUACUUCGCCGGCGGCCUCAUCAUGCUCUGGUCCCCCAACGUCUACGUCCUCCUCCUCGCCCGCCUCGUCGACGGCUUCGGCGUCGGCCUCGCCGUCACCCUCGUCCCCGUCUACAUCUCCGAGACCUCCCCGCCGGAGAUCCGCGGCCGCCUCAACACGCUGCCGCAGUUCACCGGCUCCGGCGGCAUGUUCAUGUCCUACUGCAUGAUCUUCGCCAUGACGCUCUCGCCCUCGCCCAACUGGCGCAUCAUGCUCGGCGUCCUCUUCGUCCCCUCGCUGCUCUACCUGUUCGUCACCGUCUUCUACCUCCCGGAGUCGCCGCGGUGGCUCGUCAGCAAGGGGCGCAUGAAGGAGGCCAGGGUUGUGCUCGAGAUGCUGCGCGGCCGCGAGGACGUCUCCGGCGAGAUGGCGCUGCUCGUCGAGGGCCUCGGCACCGGCGGCGACACCGAGAUCGAGGACUACGUCGUCGGCCCGUCCGAGGGCGACGCCGGCGAGAACGAGCAGGCGAGGGACACCGUCACGCUGUACGGGCCGGAGCAGGGGCUUUCGUGGGUGGCGCAGCCGGUCGCCGGCGGCCGCGGCAGCAUGCUGGGGAGCUCGCUGGGGCUGCAGGCGUCGCGCCAUGGCAGCAUGUACGAGCAGAUGAAGGACCCCGUGGUGGCGCUUCUCGGGAGCGUCCACGAGCGGCUGCCGGAGUCCGGCGGCGGCGCCACCGGCAGCAUGAGGGGGAGCACGCUGUUCCCCAACCUCGGGAGCAUGCUUAGCGUCAACGAUAGGCCCGGCGGCAGCAGCUGGGACGAGGAGAACGUGCAGCCUGGCGACGACGACCUCGACGAGGAGGAGGAGGAGUACCUCUCCGACGACGGCAAGGACGACGACGACGGCGGCGGCCUGCAGGCACCGCUGCUGUCGCGGCAGAGCACCGACGUGGAGACCAAGAACGAGCCCGCCUCCGGCCAGGUGGCGAUGCAGCGGCACAGCAGCAUCGGCGGCGGCGGCGGCGUCGAGACGGCGAGCACCAUGGGCAUCGGCGGCGGGUGGCAGCUGGCGUGGAAGUGGACGGAGAACGUGGGCCCCGACGGCGUCAAGCGCGGCGCGGUGAAGCGCAUGUACCUGCACGAGGAGUCCGAGGCCGCGCCCGGCGGUGACUCGGGCGCCGCCGGCGACGCGCAGUCCACGGCGUACGUCCACGCGGCGGCGCUGGUGAGCCGGUCGAUGCUGUACACCAAGGACGUCCUGAUCGGGCAGAGCCCCACCGAGCCGGCGUUCGCGAACCCGCCGGAGGCGGUGGCGGCGGCGGCGUCGACGGGCCCGGCGUGGCGCGAGCUGCUCGAGCCGGGCGUCCGCCACGCCCUCUUCUGCGGCGUCACCAUCCAGAUCCUCCAGCAAUUCUCCGGCAUCAACGGCGUGCUCUACUACACCCCGCAGAUCCUCGACCAGGCCGGCGUCAGCGUCCUCCUCGCCAGCCUCGGCCUCUCCGGCGACUCCACCUCCAUCCUCAUCAGCGGCCUCACCACGCUCCUCAUGCUCCCGUCCAUCGGCGUCGCCAUGCGCCUCAUGGACGCCUCGGGCCGCCGCGCCCUCCUCCUCUGGACGCUGCCCGUCCUCGUCGCGUCCCUCGCCGUGCUCGUGGUGGCGAACGUCGUGCCCAUGGCGGCGACCGCGCACGCGGCGCUGUCGACGGGGAGCGUCAUCGUCUACUUCUGCUGCUUCGUCAUGGGGUUCGGCCCCAUCCCCAACAUCCUCUGCGCCGAGAUCUUCCCGACGAGGGUGAGGGGACUCUGCAUUGCCAUCUGCUCGCUGACGUUCUGGCUCGGCGACAUCGCCGUCACGUACAGCCUCCCCGUCAUGCUCAGCUCCGUGGGGCUCGCCGGCGUGUUCUCCUUCUACGCCGCCGUGUGCUGCGUCGCGCUCGUGUUCGUGGCGCUCAAGGUGCCCGAGACCAAGGGCCUCCCGCUCGAGGUCAUCAUCGAGUUCUUCAACGUCGGCGCCAAGGCCGGCACGUUGCCUGACGAAGAGUUCCACUGAAACAAAACUUGGUUAAUUAACCUGAAACUUAAUUUGUAAUCAGCAAACACAAGUUUUUUCCAAAAUAUUGGUUUUGUGGCUGAAUUAUUAUUCUUUAAAUUUCCUCCUUAAUUACUGAAUAUUUAAUCUGGUGUGGCUGUUUUGUUUUCUUGGUUUCAAGGUUGGUUUGUGGACUAUUCUGCUGCGAGGUGUCAUGUACUAUUUUUUGACCGGAGGUACAAUUUUGGAAAUGUUUAUAAUUCAAUACAUAGUUUGUUAGCGACUUGUUAUCUUUCA